UCCACCUCCACAGCGCUUCUUGCCGAGCUAGGGAAAAUCUCUGAUCAUGGGGGACAGAGACACUCUAGCGGGCCUUCGUGGCUUGUAUCAAGAUCUCUCAUCCCUUACUGAGUCCUCCUUUGUGAACAUCGACCGUCUCCGUGAUGAGUUGGAGGCUCACAUCGAUGAUUUCAGGAAGCUCCUUGACAGGCCACCAAAGAACAAUUCCAGUCGCCAGGCUGUUCUUUCAGGGAAGAUCACCGUCGAUGACCUUGAAUAUUCCAUCAACGAGGAGUUCCAACAAGGCGCGUUACAGCUGGCCGAUGCGCUGGGUAUCGAUGAACUGGAGGCAGCACACCUGUUUCUUGGCGCCCAGGACCAUGCUCAGAUGCUGGAUAGAACUCCUCUUAUCGCUGCGAUCAUGCGGUUUCACGAGCGUCGGCACUUCCUCCUCGAAUCCCUGCGUCUUAUCCUCCAAGAAUCCUUCGAGGUCGAACGGGAAAUGACCCAGGCUCUAAUGCAGGACAUGAUAGCUUUCGUUGUCGAGAUAAAGAAUGGCCCUCUACGAAACGCGUCACUGUUUGCACGAAAAUGCAUGAAAUCGAUGGAAGAUAUUGAGAAGUGGCUUGUACUUGUUGCUGAACAGAUUCAGAAGGCAUCCAUUGUUGGUCAAGCGGAAGAUGCCGAUAUAAUGGAGGCCAUAGAGUAUCAGCGCGCCAGCUUGCAACAACAGCAUGAAUCGUUGGGUGCUAUACUUUGCUACCUUUUUAAAGGCCCUUAUACUAGCCCCGAGGAUCUUCGGCUGCUGCUUGGGAACCUUCGGAAAUUGGACCGGUUUGAUGGGCUACUGGUGCAUUAUAUCCCUUCUAUAAUUGCUGCUUUCGUUCAACAUGGUUCUCCGGAAAGUUCCAAUUCAUACAAAGAGGCUCGAAGCUUGCACACAGCCGUUACGUCAACCAAAGAUGGCCAAUCCUGGGCCCUCCCUACUUUCCAUUCUGCAGUAAUUUCUCUCUGGCUUGCAGUAUAUGGUGGAUGGGAUUUUGAUGGACCGUCGUCCCCCCUCCCCGGGGUCGAUCUCGAGAAGGACGCUGAGGAGCGUACAAAGAUGUUCAUGACAGCGCUAGAUGAUGGAGGGCUGGACUUUAUGCUGGCCGUCUGUUCUGGAGUGAACAAUGAAGAAUGGGCAGAUCCAGCUCGGAGUGAAUUAGUUUCAUUGCUAUUGAAGGAAAGCUCCUCAGCUAUGCCCGAAUCUGACACCUGCGCUACAUACAUGAAAUGCUUACUGAUGGACAACUUCGAGGUCUUUGUGGAGUCAUGCAUCGCUAAUAUGCCGGAUGCUGUUCGGAUGUUGAAAUCAGAAGAAGAUUCGCAAAGAUUGGAUCAAAUUACAGCGCUAAGAGAUGGCCUAACUUCUAGUCUCCAUCGAGGUUUAGUGGAAGCUCGGACGCACCUUGAAUCUUUCCUCAUGAUAAUGGCUUUUGCAUUUGAGCAGCGACCGGACGCUGCACAGGAGUUCUGGGCCGAUCCUGACGGAAAUCUGUAUGGCUUCCUUCAAUGGGCCUCGAAGAGGCAAACUGUCCCUAGAGUUAGCGCAUUCUGUGAAUUACUAUGCUCUAUUUCGGGAAGCGAAGAUAAUGCCACUGCAGCUCAUAGAUUUCUCACUGAAGAGGACAAGUUCAUGUCUGCUAAAUUCAAGCGGUCGACUUCCAUGAAUUGGUCCCAGAUGUUCGCUGAGCUGGAACUUUAUGCUACAAAAGUGACCGAGAAGCCUCCUGCCUCGACAUCUCAAACGAUCCUACGAUCCCGGAAGUCUGAACCAGCAGAUAUGAGUGAGCCAGAAAGUCCUGUCAUGCUGACCUGUUACCUCCGGUUGAUGGGACAUCUAUGUAGACAAAGUGUCGCGAUACGGGACUGGAUGCUUCAUCAUCCCUCGUUCAACGUUGUCAGCACAUUGUUGACAUUGUGCAGCGGGCCGAUACCCACGCACUUGAGAGCCACAGUUUUCACCACCCUUGCAGCUUUGAUGACUGAAAGAACACCUAUCAAUGGAAACGAAAUGUGGCUUUCUAUUGACCAGUGGAUUUCAGGUGGAUCUAUGAGUGCUUCUGGAAUGGGCAAGAUCCCAGUAGUCUCAAACCCUCUUAUUUGGCAUGAGCAACAAGCGUUUCAAAAAUUUGGCGAGAGCUUCGACCAAGCCAAUGCUUUUGUGACCUUGAUCAAUUCCCUUGUGUCUCCAACAUCUGAUUCAGCUGACUACCACCUCUCGCUGCCAUUUCCUGAAUCUUUGGGUUCGUCCUAUCGCAUGCCAGGUAUCGAGCCUUACAUAGACUUUAUACUGGGCCAUGCCUUGUCACGGAAAGUGCCAGAUCUCAACGAACGCCAAUCUCGGAUGCUAACGUACAAUUGCCUGGAAUUUGUCGUGACAUGCUUGAAGUCCUUCAAUGAGAGUCUUGUCUCUGUUCUGAGCCAGCCCACUGUGCCAUCCGAUGCUAAAACCUCGUCAUUGGUUACUUAUGUCCGUCUACACCCCUUUGCGCGGGUAGCUGAAUGGUUGUUCAACGAAGAUGUAAUCAAGACAAUCUUCGCGACAGCUCACCAAGAUAUAGCCGAGGUUUCCAAGGCGGCAUCCGACUCUAUAUUGGUCCUUUCUGUAGUCAGAAGCCUUGAGGUCAUGGACCUGAUCAUGGACCUUCAGUCGACAUAUUUCAACAUUGUUCGCCCUUUGAUCAAGUCUCAAAGUGGUGGAAGCCGAACCAACGUAGCGAACUCAUCGCUCUCUGCCUUUGAAGAUAGCGUCCUAAACAAUUUGUCAAUUGUGCCAGCUUUGUGUCUUUAUUGCAGCACGGCGCAUCAACAACUCACAAUCACAUCAAUGGUGCUACUGGAGAAACUCUCUAGCUCCAGAAAGCUCAACAAGGUUUCAUCACCUGGGUUGUCCAAGUGGCGGUCCUCGAAUAAAAUCGUCGAGGUCCUCAGCACGGAAGUAGAGGUGGACAGCGUGGCACGCCCGCUUGUAUCUCAAAUGCAGCCUGAACUACGGGAACUUGAUCAUGGGUCGCAGUCUUCUGGUUAUAUCAUUAGAGAAAGUUUAUUGGCGCUGCUGAACAGCUGCCUUAGAAUGAUCACGGAUCGGCCAACGAUAGCUCAUCUGCUUCUUGGAUUUAGCAGUGUGGGAACUAUGCUCGACAUCUCCUCUGACGGACUUCUCGCCAACGGAAUGUCCUUGCUACAUGCGAUCAUCACAUUCUUGCAAAGCUACCCAGAUCAAGUUGAUGGAAAUAUCCUGUCAUGGAUGGUGCACCUGAAGCGUAUGGCCUUGGAGGUGUUAAAGCACUUAUGGUCAUCCAAAAUCUCCUCCUACUUCACCCUUACUGAGAUGCGUGCGAACCGUUUUCUGCAAAGUCUGCUCGCAAGCCAACCCAUCAUUGGACCAAACACGCCUUGGGAUGGGUUCCCGAUUAUGACAGAAGAAUUUUGGGUUUCGGAUUCUGCUAGUGCUCUCGCAGAAUUUCUGUUAUACAGAAGUUAUUUGUAUGCUUAUGCUACUACGGAGGUUCGUUCGGCUGCUAAGCUCCGUUCACCAACGCUGCAAGCAGAUAUCAUGUCGACGUUGUUUGGGAAUUCGACCUCAGAGACAGGGGAUGCGGUAUUGAAUCCUACGGUGUUUGACCUUUUCGAUUUCGCGGAUCUGGACAUUGGACGUCAACUCCAGCCCCCCAUGCUAGUCCUCCUAGAUGGUAUUAUGCUGGAUGCGUGCGCAAAAGAAGCGGAUGGUUCACUCAUCCUUUACAGUGAGGCAGAGCUGGAGGAGCUGAUACAACUCAGGAAAGAGGAAUUGCUUUCCAGCGGGCAUUUACGCCCACAAGACGAGGAACAAUUUCUUGCAGAAGCCGAAGGUUUGAAGAUGUUCGUCCAUGCGACAAACCAGUCAAGAAAGAUCAAUAACAAUCGUUAUCUGGCUCUCCGAUCCUGGACAGAACUCAUUACGACCAUGCUCACUUGCUCCGAAAUUGAAGGCGGACGAAAAUCGACAUUCAUACUACAUACUAUUCAGUUGAUUCUUCCCAAGCUUGAAGCCGCUGUUGAAGAGGAUCUCCCAGAGGCGACCGAGCUAGCACGCUUAGCUGAAGUUUUAGUUACCAAACUGGAAUCAAGCCCAGCAAAAGCCAAUUCUGCCCGGAGAAGUGGAGAUGUCAUUGAUGAGAAGCUCCAUCAACUCUUCCAGAUCUGUGUUAGAGGUAUCGCUCUGGCGACAGGAAAUGUUAAUCUCCGAGAAACUUUCUAUAACAUUUGCUCAUCCUACAUCGCCCGUAUCAUCCAACCCGAUACAGGACACGAGAGCAUCAAACAACAUAGCCACCAGGUUGUCAAGAUGGCUGGCACCACACUGAUUGAAGCGAUAUGCGAUGAUGCAUAUGCUGGCCAGGAGACAUGUCGCGUGUCUGCUCUAUUGUUCCUCAAUCUCCUUGCAGCUCUCGAUAAACAGGGAGAUUCUGUAUUGGCCGAGUCAAUCUCUCAGUCAAAUUAUCUAAGUCUCUUCCUCGAUGCCAUUAGGACGUUGCCCACUGAACUAAAAAAUGCCCAGGCAAAUGAUACACCUUUACUCUUAUCCUAUUAUGAAUCUCUGCUGUCUUUACUUCAGCAACUCUGCCAAACGAAGGCCGGCGCAACCCACGUCUUGACGACCGGUCUUUUCGAAGCAGUACGUGGUUCGCAGCUAUUCGCUGCCGACCCAGAUCUUGGCAUCGAUAUUGAUAACCCUGAUGCCCUCCGGAGGUAUUACGAUCUACUGGAUUCUGUCUUACGUGUUAUUGUUUCCGCUGCGUUUUCCCGGGGCCUUCACAACGAGCAGAUGAUGGAACAGACUCGUGCGUUCCUUGCUGAGAAUAGGCAAAGUAUGGUCGGCAUAUUCAAACGCUUUGCCAAGAUCGGUGGAGGGGGUGCUGCCGAUCACCAUGGCGCCCUGACCAACCUAACCAAAUCAUAUAUGGCACUAGUUGCUGCGACGGAUUUCUUAGAGUUUGAGGAUAAUGAAGUGAGAGAGCUCACUCGACCGCAGUUAUUCUCGUGAAUAGGGACGAUUAGCAAAGCGUCCAGGCACUUUUGGGGGGGGUGUAACUGGAUUUAUUGAUGUAACGAAAUGGUGUAUAUGGAAAUGAUUGCUAUAUUGUGCCUGC